AUAAAUAGAACACUUAUGGUAUUGUAGUCCCAGCUGUGGCCAGUAGUCCUGACUGACUGUUGGUUUGUCCUUAGUAACAAAGAGAGGGAGAGGGACGAUUAAUACAGAUAUGGCUACCAACAUGGACAUGUCUACUAGACUGUUUCAAGCCUCACUGUGUCAGAGCCGCUCACUAGUUGAUAACUUAGAACCAGCCACUGCUCGACUAGUGGCUGACCUACAGAAACAAAUUGAUAAGCUAAAGGGAGACAUAGAGAUUGAAAGGAACAGGUGUCGUUCAAUGGCCAGAGAUCACCUUGUGGAGUUGAAGAGAUUGAGAGAAGAACAAGAAUACAGAUUAGAGGCUAGUCUAGAGGCACAGGGACAGAGAAAGCAAAGUGAAAAGAUAAUGGAAUUGAAAAAACUAGAGGAGACACUUCGUAGAGAGAAAGAAGUAGCCAUUAGAUCACUAACAAGAGAGAAAGGUGACGAACUGAGAGCCAUGGAAAAGAAAUUAGCAGCAGAAUAUGAAGAGAAAUUACGUUACGCAGUCGAACAAGAAAGAAGACAAGCAUUUAAUGAAGCACAGGCACAACUACCGGACGAAGGAGAACUCAUAGCACGAGAGACAAAACUAGCAAAGGAAGUAUUUUCACUCGGAGGAGAAAACAUGAAACUUGAAGAUCAGGUGAGACACUUGAGUGUGGAGAACAAGUCACAGAUUGACAUGAUACGACGGAUGAAGAAAGAGCAUGAAGCAGAAAUAGACUCACUUCUGCGUAAGAAUAAGUCAGAGGCUGCGAGAGACAGCGCGAGGUUGAGACUGGGGGAGCAGAUCAUUCAAGAGAGAGAGGCAGAAUACAUGGAGAUGUGUCAGAGAGCAGAAGCAGCUGAAAAUGAAUCAGCAGAAUUACAAAAGGAAUUGCUUGUGUUGAGGGCAAUGACUGAUAGUACUGGUGAUAAAGUAAAGAAAGACAACUCACCUCAAACAGCAAGACGUUCUGGUAGUUUAUUGAAGCAAGUGGAAGAAUUGGAAUAUUCUGUGAGAAAGUUGGAGGAUGACAAAUCUGUUCUUAAACAAGAGAAUGCCUCACUAAGAAAGAGGUUAUCACAGGAGGCAGAGGGUAAAGGACUCAAGGAAACUGACGAUAAAAUGAAGAGACUCCGCAAGAGAAAUGCUGACCUCGUCACUUUAACCAAAACGCUUGAAGAAAGAUGUAAAGUGUUGAAAAUGGAAAAUACUAAAAUGCAAGAGAAGCAGGUUUUGAACAAUAGCGACAUUGAACAACAGAUUAGGAAGACUUUGUCAAGACAACAUGCAAAAGAUAUUUCAGACUACACUAGAAAGAUAGCAUCCAGGGACAGAGAAAUAGUUGAACUGAAGAGGAAACUGUCAAAAUAUGAGGUCACUGGGGGUGUGGCUAGAUCAGAGCAUUCCAGUGAAACUGCUAAGAAGAUGAAAACAAUUUCUCUUGAGAAACUAAAAGCAGAAAAACUGAUAGCAAAGUUAUACAGUCAUCUACCAGCUGAUGCUGACGUGCAGUUAAGUAUUAAAGAGUUUUCCAGUGAAGCAGUUACCAUUGAACAACUGGCAGAGGAAAACAUUAGUUUACAUAAACAACUUUCACUUAUGAACGAUGAGAUUGAUGGUGGGCGUGUCAGUGAAAGGCGUGGUUUACAUAAAGUGGGAUCUGUUGGUAGCAUCACUCCAAGCACAACCAACACUGAUAUAGAGGCAGUGAGAGAGCUAAGGGAAGAGAAUUACAAAUUAAAUCAGAGAAUUGAUGAAUUAGCAAAAUCUGAGCGCGAAAAGGAAGACCUUAACAACCAGCUGGUUGAUGUGCAGCUAGCAGCAACCUCUUACGAGAAAAAAUUAAAAAUAUUGGAAGAGGAUUUGGAACAAGCACGUUGUGUGUCUCAAGACUAUGAGAGGGCACAGGAGCACUGCUCUGAAUUGGAAGAGGAAAUAUCACGAGCGAGAGGCCUCCUGAAUGAUAAGGAUAGAACUAUAUGUCAGUUUGAACUUGAAUUGCAAACUCAUCGUGAUCAAUUGAAAGAAAAAGAUGAAGAGAUAGCGUCGUUAAAAGAUCGCGUCCAACUAUUGAAAAGUGAAGUUUCAAAAAGUGAAGAGUUGGUUCUUGAACUGCAAGGAGCAGUGGACCUCCUGUCUCAGGCUCCCGAUACUAACAACACCUACAUACAGACCUCUCCUCUCUUCUCUCCUCAGAGAUACCAAAAAUCAUCACAAACCUCUCCUGCCUCUGUUAGAGUAACCACGAUAAUAGAGGAGAACACACCUAGCAACCAACAGGAGAGUUCACCUAGCAACCAGCAGGGGAGCGCCCCUGGCAACCAACAGGAAAAUGUCCCUAGCAACACUGCCCCUAGCAACCAGCAGGUGGUCUAUGAUCUUCACAGUGAACUGGCGGAGGUGGGUGUGUCUGUUUCUGAUUCUUAUGAUUCACAAAUGGACACUAGUAACGAGAAUCUGACCAAUCAGAUUAGUUCCGAUAGUACUACACAAGACAACAGUUUAUUUGAAGUGGGUGUGGUCAAUAGCGAUAAGGUCACACCUACUUUUGAUGUGUCCAGUGAAGCUGUUUCGUUGUAUAUUGUGUGUGAUGAUUAUCAUCCAUUAACAAUGUCCCCUAACCCGGACAGUGAGAGAGAGCUCUCGCUGAGGAAAGGUGAUUAUGUGUAUGUGGACGGGUCAAUAGACGAGGUUGGCUUCUAUACUGGGUAUAACCCUCAAGGUAGAAAAGGUCUCAUUCCUUCUAAUUAUGUAAAGAAACUGACUAAUGAUAAUUUUAAAUCAUCGGCUGUAGUACAUUCCCAGGUCCCAUUCACCCUCCCUCCUCCUCUUAAUCUUGAGAUGGUUCAACAGAGUGUUCAAGAUGAUUCUUAUUCCGUUACUAUCAAAUGGGAUCAUCCUAAGCUCCUCCCACUGGCGUCAUAUCGGGUCUAUGUUAAUAGCCAAUUAAGAACCACUGUAUCUAAUAAUAGUAACAGUACUGUAUCUAAUAAUAGUAACAGUACUGUAUCUAAUAAUAGUAACAGUACUGUAUCUAAUAAUGGUAACACUACUGCUGUAUCAUUAACUAAUGUACCAAGACAUGAGUUUGUUUACAUUUCAGUUCGUACUUGUAUGAAUGACUUGGAAUCACCAGACCCUCAGAAAAUGAUUGAAAUUAAUCCACAGCUCCCUGAGGUUCCCAUUCAGUUAAAGGUACAGCUAGUUUCUCCGUUAUUAUACCGGUUGUCAUGGAAACUGUGUCGUUUUCCCGCCCCCACUCUUAAUUACGAGUUAUUUAUUAACGAAUCUGUCCUAUUGAAGAAGGUGUCUAGUGAAAGCCUAGUCCUUGAUGAUGAUGGAGAGUAUUUCAUGAGCCUAGGACCAGAGGACGUACAGUCCAUGGACACAUCAGCUCCCUAUACAAUGAGCCUGAGGGUCACUGAUGGACCAACUGUAUCUCCUUAUUCAGCCUCUCUUCCUCUCCCGUCCGAAUUGAUACUUCUAAUUAAAGAGCACCAAGAAACUACAUCAUCCAGUACUAGUGAAGUGGUUGGGGCUUAUAAUGAAGUAGGUGUGGCUAGUAGCAGUAUCACUAGUAACAGUGAAUCCUCUCUACCUGAAAUUAUACAAGUGUCAGUUGGUUCCUUGUAUCGUGCUCUCUAUUCGUAUGACCCUUCCGUGAGCUCACCAAACGGAGAAGGAGCUGGCGACGAAUUAACUUUUUAUGAAAACAACAUCAUUAAAGCUCUUGGUGAACUAGAUGAGGAUGGGUUCUUCCUUGGAUCAUGCAAUGGAGCUGAAGGAUUGGUACCCAAGAACAUGGUCCAACUAAUUACUCAUGAAACUGAUGGAUCUUCUGAUUAUGAUCAUUCGGUUUCCAAUGGCAACUAUUCUGUACAUCUCGUAAAGGCUCUUUACGAUUAUGAGCCCAAGACUCAGUCCCCAAACGAAGAGUACCAGGAGGAGCUGUCCUUCACUAGUGGGGACUAUAUCACUGUCUAUGGGGAGCCAGUCGACGGGUUUUAUGAGGGUGAGCUGAAUGGUUUGAAAGGUUACGUUCCAAAGAGUUUUGUGGAACCAGUUUCCAAUUCUUUUUUAUUAAAAUCACUGAGCGGCAGCAGUCUACAAAACCAAACUGAACAAACUGAUAAUAUUGAGAGUUGAAUAGUUCUUAUUGUAUUAUAGUAUUAGUUGGUUAAUUAUGUUUUUGUUAUUUUUGUAUUAAAAAUGAAAAAAAACA